AACGGGUGAAGUCGACGGGACAUGUCAAAGUUUUUGUGAUGUCGUUAUUAAAGAGUCAGUUUAUAUUCGAAAAUGCGUGGCCAUGUAUGCGACCAAUUAUAUUGAAACUUUUGAAGCAGGAGCCAGUGACACAAGCAGAAUGGCAAGAUCUUUUUUAUUCUGUUCACCAAGUAUGUCUAGAUGAGAAAGGUCCACCCAAAUUAAGAGAUGCUUUAAAAGAAGAUAUUAUGGACUUUAUAAAGCAGGCUCAACAGAGAGUCAUGGCUCAUCAAGAAGAACAAGCUUUAUUAAAAGCUUAUAUAGCAGAGUGGAGAAAAUUUUUUACACAGUGUAAUUAUUUACCAACUCCAUUUAGACAGUUAGAAGCAUCGUUACGAGGAAAGACAAGUACUAGUAUGCAAAAAAAGAAUCAACCCGAUGAAAGUAUUGUUAGGAAGUUGAUGCUUGAUAGUUGGAAUCAAAGUAUAUUUAAUGAUAUUAAGCAAAGGCUACAAGAUUCAGCUAUGAGGCUUGUACGGACUGAGAGAAAUGGUGAAGUUUUUGAUUCACAACUUGUUAUUGGUGUUAGAGAAUCGUAUGUGAAUCUUUGCUCAAAUACGUCUGAUAAAUUAGAAAUUUAUAGAAAUAAUUUUGAAGCUGCUUAUAUUGAAGCAACAGAAGCUUUCUAUUGGGUUAAAGCACCUGAGCAAUUAUCUUUGUAUGGAGUAGAAAAGUACAUGAGAUAUGCAGAAACAAAAUUAAAAGAAGAGGAAUUACGCGCGCAAAAGUACCUCGAGCCAAACAGUGCUAGCGUUCAACUUUUAAUGGAACGUUGUGUUAAAGUAUUAGUUGCUAAUUUCAGAACUGCCAUACUCGCAGAAUGUCCUAGAAUGAUACAGCAACAUCAAACAGAAAAACUACGGCUAAUGUUGAAGCUAAUGGAUCGAGUGCCCGAGGGCGUAACUCCGAUGCUCGUCGAUUUAGAGGAGCACAUAGCAACCGCAGGUUUGGAUGACAUGAUGGCCGCUGUAGAUAUAAUUACCCAGGAUUCGGAGAAGUACGUGGAGCGGCUGUUGGACCUCUUCCGGCGCUUCUCCACCCUCGUAAAGGAAGCUUUCGACGACGAUCCGCGUUUCCUUACGGCCCGUGACAAGGCCUAUAAGCUCGUCGUCAACGACUCUUCCGUCUUCAAACUCGACCUGCCUGUACGGCAAGGUGCUGGCGGUACAUCCCUCAUCCCGCCUGCGCCCAUUAUCGGCACUAUCGCAAGUCUAGGCUCGGGUAUAAACAGUAAACCGGCAAACAAUAAUAACGGACAACCCGAGUCCAAGUGUCCCGAACUUUUAGCCAAUUACUGUGAUAUGUUAUUGAGAAAAACGCCGCUUAGCAAGAAGCUCACGUCUGACGAGAUCGAAAGCAAGCUGAGAGACGUGCUAUUGGUAUUGAAGUACGUUCAAAAUAAGGAUGUCUUUAUGCGCUAUCAUAAAGCACAUUUAACGCGACGUUUAAUAUUGGACACGUCCGCUGAUUCGGAGAAGGAAGAAAAUAUGGUCGAAUGGCUUCGAGAAGUUGGUAUGCCAGCGGAUUACGUGAAUAAAUUGGCCCGCAUGUUCCAAGACAUUAAAGUCUCGCAAGAUUUGAAUCAACAAUUCAAGGAACAAUGCCGUGCCGCUAUUGCUGACAGCAUCAACAUUAAAAUAUUAAAUGCAGGUGCAUGGGCACGAGGUAGUGAGCGCGUUACAGUUAGUUUGCCGCUUCAAUUAGAAGAUUACAUACCCGAAGUCGAAGAAUUUUACAAGAAAAAACAUAGCGGUAGGAAGCUUCAAUGGUAUCAUCACAUGUCGAAUGGCACGAUAACGUUUUCGAAUCAAGUUGGUCGAUUCGAUGUGGAUGUUACAACUUUCCAGAUGGCUGUAUUAUUUGCCUGGAAUCAACGGCCACUUGAGAAGAUAUCAUAUGAAAAUCUUCGAUUAGCGACGGAAUUACCAGAUCCAGAAUUACGACGAACACUUUGGUCGCUCUGCGCCUUCCCUAAAAUAAAGAGGCAGCUGAUCGUUGCCGAUCCCCCUACGCAUAGUCCUAAGGAUUUCUCGCAAGCAACGAAAUUCUGGGUUAAUCAAGAAUUCGCGAUUGUAAAAAAUGGUAAAUUACAAAAGCGUGGAAAGAUCAAUUUGGUAGGACGUUUGCAGUUAUCGACAGAACGUAGUAAAGAGGAAGAUAAUCAAUCUAUUGUUCAACUUAGGAUAUUACGUGUUCAAGAAGCAAUUAUAAAAAUAUUAAAGAUGCGAAAGAAAAUCACCAAUAGUCAAUUACAGACAGAAUUGGUUGAUAUAUUAAAGAAUAUGUUUCUGCCGAGUAAAAAAAUGAUUAAAGAACAAAUUGAAUGGCUCAUUGAACAUAAAUAUAUUCGAAGGCAUGAUAACGAUAUCAAUACAUUUGUUUAUAUGGCAUAACGAUAAUUAUGCGUAAAGAUUGCUCGAGUCCAUUCUUGACUAGUACAUUCUAUUUUUGUAAUAAUUUGAGAUCCGCUACAAGAACUCAAAUGAGACGUGUGUCACAUUUGAAAAUUAUGUAUUUAGUUAAUAACGAUGCCUGGUAUUUAAAACUGCUGCGUUGCAGUUGUAAACAAUAAUCGUAAUUUAUCUUGUCUGAAAAAUUUUCAUGGCCCAAGGUCGCUUUAAAAUUUUUUAAAUGCUUAAAAGAGAACGAAAUAUUCAGAUGAGUAGAACAUAAAUUUAUAAGGCAUUACUAAUAGCUUUGAAUAAUGUUUACAAG